AUGUCACUCUCCAGAACACCUAGUUCUUUGUCCCAGUUGCGGAGUCCCUCCCGCAGCGCUACCCCGGCGAGUCAGAUGGUCUAUGUCGAACAGCAGCCCAUCUUUCCAGCGCUGCCCAUGGAUCGGGCGGGAUGCCCUUCAGGCAUCCAGUUUCGCCCGGAACGACGUGCUGAGGACUUUGUGCAUCCCUUUCUGCAGAAGCCCGUCUACACAUCGACGCCCACCGGAGAUACCGGCUACAGCAAUUUUGUGAAGAGGGGCUAUGACACGCAACUCUUUAGCCGCAGCUAUGCCAAAGGCAACUGGGAGGCGGCCCGGCUGGGAAUGCCAAAAACUUUGAUGUUGAGUCGCUCCGUUCCAACCAUCUUCACACAGACAGGGCAACAGACGCUCAACGCGCCCAAGGUCAGUCUUAAGUUGAACAGCCAAAGCAGCCAAAGUGCUGCGGCGGCGUUUCGGGACCUUCAAAGCGUCCGCAAAAAGGGAACCAGCUGGGCCAGCGUCCUCAAGUUGGAACGCAUUGACUUGGAACAGCAUGGAAAGUUUCCAGGUAUCUCCAGCCGCGAGCCUUUGCUGUUCACUCCGGGGCCCUUGACUGUGUCGGGUCCGGUGAAACAGGCAAUGCUUGUGGACUAUGGCAGCAGAGAUAAGCUUUUCUUAGAUGCCGUGGUGGAGGUUCGUCAGUCCCUUCUGCAGGUGGCAGGCGUCUCCAAGGAGCAGGGCUAUGAAUGCGUCCUGAUGCAGGGUUCAGGCACUGCCGCGGUGGAGGCCAUGCUGGGCACCGUGCCACGGGAUGGCAAGGCGGCGAUGGAACGGCGGGGCCGUUGCUCCGUGUUGCUGGUCAUCAACGGAGCCUAUGGUCACCGACAAACGGCGAUUUGCAGCUACGCGGGGAUCAACUAUGAAAGCCUGGUCUUCGAGGAUUCAGAGCCUAUCAAUGUGGAGAAGGUGCUAAGCUCCUUACGACAAAGCAGCGCAACGCAUUUGUCACUGGUGCACCAUGAAACCACCGCAGGUGUGAUCAACCCCCUGGAAGACCUGGUGCGGCAGGCGAAGGCCGAGUUUCCUCAGAUCCAAGUUUUGGUGGACUCGAUGAGUGGUUUCGGGGCUUACGACUUGGAGAUGACUUGGGGCAUUGACUUUGCCGUGUCUUCCGCGAACAAAUGUAUCGAGGGAGUUCCCGGCUUCGCAUAUGUCCUAUGCCAAGUGGAUGCCUUGAAGCGGAGCAAAGGGACCUCACGGAGCCUGACCAUGGACUCCCGGUCUAAAUGGCUGAUAUGGCUGGGGGCCUGA